CGAGACACACAAUGAGGAAUUCAGCAGCUACGAUGCGAUAUUUCAUGCUUGGGGCCAUCGCCCUCACUCUGCUCAGCAGCGGAUCGGCAUUUGAGGCCAAUUCUGACAUCGCGCUUGACUUGCAAGCGGGCGCCUGCACGGCGUUCGAGGUGGACAACUUGCCUCACAAAUACAGCUAUGACGUCGACCUCGUGGCGAUGAUUGGCAUCUGCGGUCCCCAGAACAUCAGUGUGUCAAAGCUGUACGUCCAGGACGCCUGCAUCAACAAGAGGGACAACGAGCUGGGACUGGGAAGCAUUCAGCUGCCCCUGUGCGAUGAAGCACACGACAAUGGGGCACAAAUCUGCCAGUCAGUGUUCAAGAACGGCCCCUCGGAUGCGCUCUUGACAGCGGCGAAUCUGACAGCCGGCCAGAAUUUUGACAGCGGCAAUGUGUGCGCAAACAGCGUCAAGGCUUUCGUGUACAUAAAGAACGACUGCAUUCUGCCAGCCAGAGCAGUCAUCAAUGUGAAGACUCGCGACUACAGCGGCAAGCUGUGCCUCACAGUGGCCGGCAAGACACUAAGCGGGGUGGCCAUUGCCAUCAUUGUGGUGGUCGUCAUUCUGGCGCUCAUCCUCUUCUGCACGCUCAUCUGCUGCUGCUGCUGCUGCCGCCGCUGAAGCGCUGAGUGGUGCUGAAAAAUGCAGCACUCUAGCGGAAGGCGCAGCAGCGUUUAUCUCUGAAGAAGAGCAGCCUCAAGGUUGGAGAUUGUGAGGGUUGCUGAGUCAUCACCGAGUGAUGACUCAGCGCGCUCUCAGCCACAAACAGCGAGUGAGACUGCAGAAAAAAUCACAGAUCUGCGCCACAAAUAAGGGAGGCAAAGUCCAGCUUUCAGGCAGCUAAGAAGUCAGGGAAGAGGAUUCGGUGUUGAUAGCACCAUUCGAAGCCUUCUUCCAUCCUUGCUGACCUGCUGAUUCUGUCCUGCCCAAGGGAGCUUGUGACAGGAAAGCGCACCUGUUUUAAAGGGCGAACAAUGUUUCUGUGCUUCUCACAAAGGAAGGGGGAGACAGAUACAGCUUGGUGCUACGACAACCCUCUUAAAACAGCUGAAAACAGCAGUGAAGGGAAUCCUGUUAAGAGUUGGCAGAACAGCAAAAAUUUUGCUUGACAGGCCCUUGUCAGAUGUGGUUGUGUGUAUGUGGAAUAUAUAUUCUUAGAGUGCCUGAGAACUGUAUGUGUGCGGCCUAGACAGGCGCUCACUGAGCCCUGCUGCAUGAUCUGGAUCUGUCAUUGACAGCCCCACCCCAGGUCAGGCAAACGCACACUAUCUCAGCCUGCUCCUGUAUGUGUCUCUCAGGGUGUUUGCCUGAACUCAGAAUAAGAACUAUCUAUUGAAACUUUGAAGAGCCAAGUUGUGAGGGGAACCUUGUAGAGUAGGACCGAGUCAGCAGGGUCUUGAAAUUGAUCCUCCUCAUGUGUACUGCUGCAUUGUCUACUGUUUGUGGCGCCACCACUACUCAGGAGCUUUUCUCUGCCAAGCAACUUGAUCAUCACGCCAUGAAAAUGGCGCUUGCAGUAUAGAUUGAGGAUUGACAUUCCUGAAAUGUGGGAGGUAGAAGUGACAUUUUCAUGAUUUACAAUGUUCUGUCGAACAUCAGUGCUGAAGACUGAAUCAAUCAUAUGUUGAGAUGGGCUUACAUAAGAAUGCAAUCCUAGAUGUUGCGCC